AUGACUGCUCCAGUAGCCCUCGGACGAUGUUCAACCAGCUUCCCAACACCGGGUGCCAAAUCGACUAGGCAUUCGAGUGGAGAGCUAUACCAACCGCUUACGCAUCUGAACUCGAUUCGUCUUCUUGAGAUACAGCCUGGAACACUCGCAGAACCCAUACAUUGCCGUCUCUUCGUAUCGCACCUGGAUCGACAUUCACCAUCGCCAUCUUACGAAGCAAUUUCGUACGUAUGGGGCAGUCCGGACAUUCGUGAAUCGGUCAAAUGCAAUGAGGCCACCAUCAGGAUCACCAGCAACCUGGCGGCCGCGCUGCGGCGUUUUCGCUCGCCAACGGAACCGCGGGUCGUUUGGGCCGACGGCAUCUGCAUCAACCAGGCCGACGAUAGCGAAAAAGGCCACCAGGUCAGACUGAUGCGCCUGAUCUACAAGCGCGCAGCACGCGUGCUCGUCUGGCUGGGCCAACCUUCCAGCGACGAACAGCCCCGAGCCGCCUUCAACGCCCUCUGCGCCCUGGUAAACCAGACUCUCACCCCAAACGACCCGCCCGCGACGUGGGACGAGCAAGACGACACCUCGGAUCAUCCGCAUCUCCUGAGCAGCUCGUCCCGCAUCAACUCCGACGACAGCCUCUUCUCCGCCACCACCACCGCCUCUUCCACCUCCUCUAUCUCCUCUAUCUCCUCCCUAUCCUCCCUGUCCCUAACCUCCACCGCCUCCACCGCCGAACCAGCCGGCAGCAGCAGCAGCGCAAAGCAGCGCAGCUCAGCCAUCCUCGCAGACCGCUGGGCGGCGCUGGCGCCCUUCUUCGGGCUGGCGUGGUUCCGGCGCGUGUGGGUGAUCCAGGAGGUCGCCCUGUCGUCGGCGGCGACGGCGCUGCACUGGGGCCGCGCACGCAUCGCGUGGGCGCUCGUCGCGCGCGCCACGGACCGCAUCGUCGCACUCAAGCACCGCCUGCCGCUGCACCGCCUGCCCGGCGCCCUGCACGCGCACCUCAUGGGCGACUUGUGGCAGGCGGAGCAGCGGCGGAAUGUCGUCGUCGUCGAGGAGGGGAAGGGGGAGGGGGAGAAGGGGGAAAAGGAGGAGGAGGAACGCAUGACGUUCGACGAGCUGCACGCGAAGACGAUCGCUCUGUCGUUUGUUGCUAGCGAUCCGCGCGAUCGUGUGUAUGGGUUGUUGGGUAUCCCGACGAGGGAGACGGAGCCGGAUGAGGGACUGCUGUAUCUGGAGCCUGAUUAUGGCGUCAAUCUGGUUGGUGUGCAUGUCAGGCUGCUACAGAAGCGGCGUAUGCUGUUGCUGGAGAAUAGUAAUACCCCGUCCCUGUGA